AUGCUAGCCGCUCUCCAUAGACACGAUGGGUUAGUGCGUUUGAUACUUACUUGUUCUCAUACUGUAAUUGAACUUGAAGGAUCUCUGUACAAUUCUGAGCGAGAACUUGUAGAACGUGUAACUGCAUUAUGGUGUGCUCUUGACCGUAGUCACUUUACAGUGGCAUGUACUCUGAUUGAUUUGGGUAGAGCUGAUGUCAAUCAUGGUCCAUAUUGUCCAUUUUUAAUUGAUGCUUGUAGGAAAGGACGACUCGACAUUGUUCAUUUCUUAAUCGAGAACGGUUAUGCUGAUGUUAAUCAAACCGCAACAAACGAUGCGAACAAAGCGAGUAGUCUUAUUCUUUCUGCCCAAUAUGACCACACAAAUAUUGCCGCUUAUCUCCUAGAUAAAGAUGCUGGUAUUGAAUAUAGGACAUACGUUGAGCAAGAUACCGCACUGACCGUAGCUGCUAGAGAAGGCCAUUUGGCAAUAAUAAAACUAUUGUGCUCGGCAGGUGCAUCUAUCACUGUCAAAAAUCAUAAUAGAAAGACACCGAUGAUGUUGGUAGCCGCGAGAGAAGCAUUUGAAGCGAUCGACUUCUUACUGGAAUACAUGCACGAUGAGACAACUUUUGAUGAUCUUGAACUUAUUGCUUCCUCAUAUCUAGCUCACAACAAUACUAUCACACUUGAUGAUCGCCAGCGAAUGGUACGUCUCUUGAGAAAAUCACUCGAACAACGUCUUCUGUUUCAUGUACCGAAAACUGUGGCUCAGUCGGUUGCUGUCUAUGAUUUUCAAAUAGAAUGUCAGGCAAUUGCUGAACGUGACCAUAUUCAACAUAAUAAUGAUCGUUUAUGUCUCGAAGCACUACUUAUUUGUGAACGGAUCCUCCUCUUCCGAAAGGAAGAGCUAUUAUUCGAACCAUUAUUUAAGCGAAGAGUCAUGAUGCUUGUUCAAAACAAUCAGUUCGACCGUUGCUUUCAUCUGAAUCUGAAUCUUUUUCAUUUGUAUAAACAAAUGAAGCUGCCGACUUCUCUCCAUCGUUUCCUAUGGGUGUUCUGUAGGAUGAUCGCUGCUCAAGUACCAAUUCUUGCCGUCCAAUUCUCGCAGAUAUAUCAUCUUACUGUCAAACCUUCACAGAAGAAACUAGUUCAUAGCUCCAUCAAAACUGCCUUAUAUAUGGUAGCAAUUGCAGCGAAGGUAUGA